AUGACAGAUGAAAAGGUAAGAAGCACGGCGGUUCAAACCGUGGCCGCGGUCUUCCUGCCCAUCGCCGCUAUCACGGUGAUGCUACGCAUCUACGUGCGCGGUUGGAUCGUAAAGGCAUUUGGAUGGGAUGAUGGGGCUAUGGUAAUUGCAAUGCUAUUCUAUGCCAUGUUCUGCGGAACCAUGAUUGGAGGCACAAUUUAUGGCACAGGCUAUAUGCUCGAAAACCUCACUGUCCACAACCGCGUCACCGCAAUGAAAUAUUGGUGGCUCUGCGAGAUCGCCUACUGCUUCGCCUCGGUUGGCUGCAAGAUCUCCAUCUGCAUUUUCCUGAUGCGCAUCACUAUCAAACCCCUCCACAUCUGGCUCCUCUACUGCGUCAUGGUCUUGACCGUCAUUGCAGGCCUGGUUUUCAUGUUCCUCAUGCUCCUCCAGUGCAGGCCACUGGAAUACUUCUGGACUAAGCUGGCCUACGACCCUAAUAUCGUGGGCACAUGCAUGGAUAUGAAGAUCAUCGUGAUCAUGACCUACAUAUACAGUGCAUUUGCCGCACUGUGCGAUUUUACCGUCGGCAUAUUGCCCAUCUUCCUCGUCCACAAACUUCACAUGAAGCGCAAGACCAAGAUCGCCGUCAUGGGCAUCUUAAGCAUGGCUUGCAUUGCUUCAUCGGCGGUUAUCGUCCGUGUCCCCUUCGUCGCAACAUUCUAUGACCCCGAUUUCCUCUACGCAACAUACCAAAUCGCCAUCUGGUCCAAUAUCGAAGCAGGCCUAGGCAUCACAGCCGGUAGUCUCGCAACUCUCCGGCCCCUCCUCCGCAAGUGGACGGGCUCUCACUCAGACCCAUACCACUCUAGUGGGUUUCCCGCCGGGCGCUCACGGUCUGCCUCGCGCCAGUUGGGCGGAGGUGAAAAUCGAUCUUUUCCUCUAGGCUCGCUGGAUGAGAGCGGGCAGGCUCGGUUGAGACCGGAUAAGCUUGCUGUCACUGUCACGACUAUCCAGAGCCAGAGAGAUCCUGAGGAUACAUAUGUUGCUCCGAGCCCGAGUAGCAGCGAGGAGAGGUUGACUAUUGAUCGGCCUUCGCCUCGGUUGCAGUUGCAGGGUGAUAUCGGGUUGGGGAUUCAUCGCACGUUUGAGGUUACGCAGACUUUGACGGAGAGGCAUGUGAGGGAACAUGUAUAA